GAAUGAUAAAUAAUCAAUAAUAAAAAUGGUUAAAUAUUAUGAAAACACAACGAUAUUUCAGUUUGACUGGAAUCAAGUAGCACAAGGUUUUUGGCGACGUUAUCCAAAUCCCCACAGUACUCAUGUAUUGACAGAGGAUACUGUUUCAAGAGAAGUUAAAGAUGGCAAAUUACAUACAAAAAGAUUAUUAACUAAAACAAACAGAAUGCCAAAAUGGGGUGAAAGAUUUGUCAGUAAAAAUGUUGUUAAAAUUAUUGAAGAAACUGAAGUUGAUCCAAAGUCCAAAACAUUAACCUCUUAUACAAGAAAUCUUGGCUACACAAAGGUCAUGACUGUUGUUGAAAAAGUUGUUUAUAAAGUAUCUGAUGAAAAUCCAGAAUGGACAGUUGCUCAUAGAUCAGCAUGGAUUGACAGUUCAGUAUUUGGUUUUAGUCGUGCCAUACAAGCAUUUGGACUUGAUAGAUUUAAAAAAAAUUGUUCUAAAAUGACUGGUGGUUUUAAUUAUGUACUUGCUCAUAUGUUUCCAUCAACAGCACAACUUAUGAAUCCAAAUUUAGCACAAAUGGGAUUUAUGGAUAUUAUUGAUGAACCAUCAAUGGCUAAAUUUACACAUGCUGCUGAAGAUUUACAACAUUCUUUGCAUGACAGAGCUGAAAAAAUGAAAGAUGCUGCUAUAAAAGCAACUGAUUUGGCUAAAAAAAAAGCUGGACCAAUGUAUGCAGCUUGUCAACCAAAUCAAUCAUAAAUUAAUCGAUAAAUUUAAUUACUGUUAACAGUACUUAAUUAAAAUUGCAACAGCAAUUUUAAUGUCGACAAUCAUUCCUUAUCGUUGAUUGCCAAUUAAAUAUGUCAAAAAUUUAAAAAAUCAUGACAUAAAAAGAAAAAAAAAAUAUACAAAUUAUUUAACUACGUUUUAAAAAUAUUUCUUAUUGGCUUUGCUUAUUGUCAAUUGCAUUUUUCUGUCAUCAUUUUAAUAAUAAUCACCAUAUUGUUCAUUUUCCUUUUUUUUUUGUCACUGGUGAUUAAAUAUAAAUCAUAGUAAAAUAAAAGAGUCAAGAUUGAUUAGAAAAUUGUUUCAAAUAGUUUAUAAAUUUAUAAACUUAAUUGGUAACUUAGAUGAUAUUCCAAUUAAUUAAUUAAGCAUAAGUAGUUUUAUAAUUGGCUUAAAAAUAUUGUGCCAUUUAAAUAACAUGAUGGAUGAUAUAAUCUUGUAAAUAAAAAUUUAUAAUGUUAAU